UCCAUUCAACUCCCACGCCACUACCUCUACAACAAGUAGGGUUUUAAAAUUAAAAAAGCCUUCACCUUUUCUUUUUUGUCAUCUUAUCCCCCCAUCAAUCAUCAAAUUACACAUCUCAUUAAUCAUAUUCAAUUCUGAUUUCCCAGUUCACUUUGAUUUCAGUGCACAUUCUUCUUUUUAAGGAUCAUGCAUCUAUGUGAUUUGGUGUCAAUUUUGGGUUUUAAUUUUGUGUUAUUCCAAGGGGAUAUCAUGUAUAUUGUUCCUCCUUCUUUCAUUUAACAAGUGUUAUGCAUAUAUGUUAUUGUAAUGCAUUAUGUUAUCUCUGAAUGCAUGUUGUAUGGGGUGUUAAUAUGAAGCAAGUUAUCAUUCUUUAAAUAUUUUGAUUUCAACAAGUGCUUUCCUGAAUUCUUUGUGCAAAAAUCUUUUGUUCUGCUUCCUCCGUUUCUUAUGGAGUUGUAGCUUCUGCAAAUUUUGCAUUGGGGCCGUUGGAUGGUUUAAAAAGGAAACACUCUAUCUAAGAGAAGAUUGUAUUAUAUUCCACAUGGCUCCAAAUAUGAGGCCUAAGUUAUUUGUUCCAUUCUUCUUGCUACUGUUAAUGGCUCUUUGCUUUGGUGGUUCAAAAGCUGAAUUCGAGCAUCAAGUUUCACAAAAGCUCAGAGCUGCUCCGCAUAAGAAUGCAGGAACCAAUGUAAUUGAUGGCACUGGUGUUGAGAAUUCCUUCAAGUUUGAGGAACCCAAUAAUGUGCUAGGUAACAGAAAAGGUGGAAGCAGUAAAGUUUCGGUUUCAACGGUUGCAUUGUUUACAUUAGCAAUGGCAGCUGCCACUGGUUUAGGUGCUGUGCCUUUCUUCUUUGUGGAGCUUGAUCCACAAUGGGCUGGAUUAUGCAAUGGAAUGGCAGCAGGUGUUAUGUUGGCUGCAAGCUUUGAUCUCAUACAGGAAGGGCAGGAUUAUGGAGCUGGAAAUUGGGUUGUGACUGGGAUUUUAGCUGGUGGCAUCUUUAUUUGGUUAUGUAAGAAGUUUCUCGAGCAAUGUGGGGAAGUAAGUAUGUUGGAUAUAAAGGGCGCUGAUGCAACCAAAGUUGUUCUUGUAAUUGGAAUAAUGACUCUCCAUUCUUUUGGGGAGGGAUCUGGAGUUGGGGUCUCCUUUGCUGGAUCAAAGGGUUUCUCGCAAGGCCUGUUGGUAACUUUAGCUAUUGCCGUACACAACAUACCAGAGGGGUUGGCUGUGAGCAUGGUGCUGGCAUCAAGGGGUGUUUCCCCACAGAAUGCUAUGUUAUGGAGCAUUAUUACAUCUUUACCUCAGCCAAUCGUAGCUGUUCCUUCAUUUAUUUGUGCUGAUGCAUUUAGUAAGUUCCUGCCUUUCUGUACGGGGUUUGCUGCUGGAUGCAUGAUCUGGAUGGUUGUUGCAGAAGUACUUCCUGAUGCAUUCAAGGAAGCCAAUGCUUCGCAGGUUGCAUCAGCAGCAACACUUUCGGUAGCAUUUAUGGAAGCUCUCAGCACCCUCUUUCAGAAUUUCAACCGUGACUAUAACUCUGAGGAUGCUUCUGGCUUCUUUGUUUCAUUACUUUUUGGUGUUGGCCCAUUACUUGGUGGGAUUAUUCUGGUUGCAUUUGCUCUUGCUUUUCGUCUUCAGCAUGCUCUUCUCAUGGGCACAGCAUGUGGUAUUGCCUUUGUCCUUGGUGCCUGGCGACCAGUACAGCUUAUUUUGUCUUCAAAAUUGGGAUUUGUUCCCGUUGUGACACUCCUUGCUAUGGGUGCUGCUUUUAUCCAUGUUUCUAGCUCUGGUGUAUUGAAGGUGGCAAGUCGCAAAAAAGCCUCAGUCAAUGACUUACCAACAGUCACUGGCUUCCCAGUGAGUGUUCACACCCUUCAAUCAUUCAUAUCAUGCGGUGCAGUUGCUUUACAUGCUUUGGCUGAAGGACUUGCAUUGGGAGUAGCUGCACCAAAAGCAUAUGGACUUGGUCGUCACAUGGUCCUUCCAGUCUCUCUACACGGGCUUCCUCGAGGUGCUGCUGUCGCUAGCUGCAUAUUUGGUGCCACUGACAGUUGGCAUGGUUCUCUUGCAACAGCUGCCAUAAUUGGAUUUAUGGGUCCAAUAUCAGCAAUUGGAUCUAUUCUCUCUGGUAUUGAUUAUAGUGGUCUUGAUCACAUAAUGGUUCUGGCUUGUGGAGGAUUAAUUCCAAGUUUUGGAAAUGUAGUUGUGAGAGCACUUAGCCUGGACAAGCGGAAGAGCACCUUCGGCCUCAUUAUGGGAAUUGGGUUUGCUACUUUAUGCUUAACAUUCACUAGGCUGGUUUGCUUGCAUACACCUUACUGCAAUUCUGCGCCUGAGGCUGUCAGAUAAGACGAUAGUGCUGCAUUUCCUGGAUCCUCUAUUGUUAUGUGCUUACAACAGAAGUAUACAUUUCUCUAGUUUGAUCUCCCAAGACAUGUUGCCCAAAUUUGAAGAGAUCCUUAAUAGAAGAUUUAGAAGGAGUGAAUUCAAGUGGAAGUGCCUUCUGAGGAUUUAUUGCCAUGCACAGAAGAUUGUAAUGUAUACCGACAGAACAUUAGUUUUUUCUUUAUUUUAGUGACAGGCUUUCUCCUUUGGUCUCAUUUGUUUUGGGGCAGCCCCUCAAAAUGGGGUGUGGGGGGAACUUCGGGCAGAUUUACAAGUGACCAAGUUCCAUUCAGAUCAUGUAUAUAGAAUGUAAAUAGUCAUGCUCUAAAUUGCCUACUUGAUGAUGAGCAAUGUAAAACUGAAAAAUGGAUCAAAUAGA